UGGGACACCAUGAGCCUCAGUGAGGAACAGGUGCAGCAGUUCCUCGACCAGAACCCCGGCUUCUCAGACGAGUACUUUGGGAAGAAGCUGAGCCCCGAGAAUGUGGCUGGCGCCUGCGAGGAUGGGCAGCUAGCAGCCUGCACCAGCUUCCGCGAGCUGUGCCAGGUGGAGGAGAGUGCAGCCUUGUUCGAGCUGGUGCAGGACAUGCAGGAGAACGUGAACAUGGAGCGGGUGGUCUUCAAGAUCCUGCGACGCCUCUGCACCAUCCUGCAUGCUGACCGCUGCAGCCUCUUCAUGUACCGCCAGCGCAAUGGUGUGGCUGAGCUAGCCACGCGCCUCUUCAGUGUGCAGCCCGGCAGUGUCUUGGAAGACUGCCUGGUGCCCCCCGACUCUGAGAUCGUCUUUCCGCUGGACAUUGGGGUUGUGGGCCAUGUGGCUCAGACCAAGAAGAUGGUGAACAUCAAAGACGUGACAGAGUGUCCCCACUUCAGCUCCUUUGCUGAUGAGCUGACGGACUACGUGACAAAGAACAUUCUGGCCACACCCAUCAUGAACGGCAAAGAUGUCGUGGCUGUCAUCAUGGCCGUGAACAAGCUCAACGGCCCAUGUUUCACAAGUGAAGACGAAGAUGUUUUCUUGAAGUACCUGAAUUUUGGCACAUUAAACCUGAAGAUCUACCACUUGAGCUACCUUCACAACUGUGAGACCCGCCGCGGCCAGGUGCUGCUGUGGUCAGCUAACAAGGUGUUUGAGGAACUGACAGACAUCGAGAGGCAGUUCCACAAGGCCUUCUACACCGUGCGGGCCUAUCUGAACUGUGACCGGUAUUCGGUGGGCCUCCUGGACAUGACCAAGGAGAAGGAAUUCUUUGACGUGUGGCCUGUGCUAAUGGGAGAAGCCCAACCGUACUCAGGCCCACGCACACCCGAUGGCCGUGAAAUCGUCUUCUACAAAGUCAUCGACUAUAUCCUACAUGGCAAGGAAGAUAUCAAGGUCAUCCCCACACCCCCAGCUGAUCACUGGGCCCUGGCCAGUGGCCUUCCAACCUACGUGGCAGAAAGUGGCUUUAUCUGUAACAUUAUGAAUGCCCCCGCCGACGAAAUGUUCAAAUUUCAGGAAGAGCCUCUGGACGACUCGGGGUGGAUCAUCAAGAAUGUCCUCUCCAUGCCCAUUGUCAACAAAAAGGAAGAGAUCGUGGGGGUUGCAACAUUCUACAACAGGAAAGACGGGAAGCCUUUUGAUGAGCAGGAUGAAGUCCUCAUGGAGUCCCUCACUCAGUUCCUGGGCUGGUCGGUGCUGAACACAGAUACCUACGACAAGAUGAACAAGCUGGAGAACCGCAAGGACAUCGCCCAAGACAUGGUUCUGUACCACGUGAGAUGUGACAAGGACGAAAUCCAGCUGAUCCUGCCAACAAGGGAACGCCUGGGGAAGGAGCCUGCUGACUGUGAGGAGGAUGAGCUGGGGACAAUCUUGAAGGAAGUGUUGCCAGGGCCCACCAAGUUCGACAUCUAUGAGUUCCACUUCUCUGAUCUGGAGUGCACAGAGCUGGAGCUGGUCAAAUGCGGCAUCCAGAUGUACUACGAGCUGGGCGUGGUCCGAAAGUUCCAGAUCCCUCAGGAGGUCCUGGUGCGGUUUCUGUUUUCCGUGAGCAAAGGGUACCGGAGAAUCACCUACCACAACUGGCGCCAUGGCUUCAAUGUGGCCCAGACCAUGUUCACGCUACUCAUGACGGGGAAGCUGAAGAGCUACUACACAGACCUGGAGGCCUUCGCCAUGGUGACCGCCGGCCUGUGCCACGACAUCGACCACCGUGGCACCAACAACCUGUACCAGAUGAAAUCCCAGAAUCCCUUAGCCAAGCUCCAUGGUUCCUCAAUUUUGGAACGGCAUCACCUAGAGUUCGGGAAGUUCCUGCUCUCCGAGGAGUCCCUGAACAUCUACCAGAACCUGAACCGGCGACAGCACGAGCACGUGAUCCAUCUCAUGGACAUAGCCAUCAUUGCCACAGACCUGGCGCUCUACUUCAAGAAGAGGACAAUGUUCCAGAAGAUUGUGGAUGAGUCUAAGAACUAUGAGGACAAGAAGAGCUGGGUGGAGUACCUGUCCCUGGAGACAACGCGGAAGGAGAUAGUCAUGGCAAUGAUGAUGACUGCCUGUGACCUGUCCGCCAUCACCAAGCCCUGGGAAGUCCAGAGCAAGGUUGCUUUGCUGGUGGCAGCUGAGUUCUGGGAACAAGGUGACUUGGAAAGGACAGUUCUGGAUCAGCAGCCCAUUCCAAUGAUGGACCGGAACAAGGCAGCGGAGCUCCCCAAACUACAGGUUGGCUUCAUCGACUUUGUGUGCACAUUCGUGUACAAGGAGUUUUCCCGUUUCCAUGAAGAGAUCCUGCCCAUGUUCGACCGACUGCAGAACAACAGGAAGGAGUGGAAGGCCCUGGCUGACGAGUAUGAAGCCAAAGUCAAGGCCCUGGAGGAGCAGAAGCAGCAACAGGAAGACAAGACAACAGCCAAGAAAGUGGGCACAGAGAUUUGCAACGGUGACCCCGCACCCAAGUCUUCGACCUGCUGCAUCCUGUGAGCCGGUCCGUGUGUUCUGAUGGCGCCCGUCUGUUCACCCGCUGGGACUCCACCUCUAACUGCUUGCUACAGGAGCUUAAGAAGCCCAAGAAAAUGAAGACAAUUUUGGAUGUUUUGAAAUUUUUUUAAGAUUUAUGUUUUUAUAAACUAAAGUCAACUAUGAAUACACAGUUUACCGUACUUUACACUCAUCCAUCUUUUGGGUACACAGCAAUACCACAGAGAUGUUUGGAAAGGGUCUGUGAACUGCGAGUCGGAAAGCACUGGCUGAAACCCACCUGCACACGUAUCACGUGUAUUUGGGUAGAUGAGAUACAGAGAUGCUGUUGCCUGUCUGGUUAGGAGGAGAUAUGACCAGAAAUUCAGAAUAAAAAAAAAAGAAAACAAGUUGCCCUUUUCUUUAAUACAGCAGAAAUUAUGGUGGAGGGCACAUCAUGUAGGGCCCAUGGGAAAAUUCUGCCACAAAGGUCAAGGCCAGGAGAGACCUGAGCAAAAACACAUGUAGCAGCCCUCCGCAUGGGGGUCAGGGGAGCACACUGCCACGGCUGGGGUCUGCCCAAGCCCUUAGUGUUUGUGCACCAGCACAGCCGGACCCAAACACAAGGCUCACACGUGAAACAGGUACUCAUUAUCUGGUAGAGCUCCAAAUCAUUUGUUCCCAACACUGCACACAACCCCACAGCAAACACCUCAGCUGCCUGAUUGGGCUGGUUGUGGAAAGGCCAGUUCAGAUGCCACUCAAGCCCGCCUCCAGAGCUCUGGAGCUCCAGAGCUCCGGAGCAGGUGGUGAGGGGAGAAUGGGGAGGGAGGACCCACCCCCCACAGCCAUCCAGUCACAGGAAAGAGGCAGUUUGCAUCUCAGCGGGGACACCUGGUGACAGGCCAUGAUCAGGGCCAGGCCAUCCUCCCAAGGGACUCUGCACCAGCCAACCUGAAGGAACCGAGCUGGGCUCAUGCAACCUUCACCUGAACUAAAACCAAGGGUUUAAAGUGCUUAUCCGCUGCUUCUCAUCUUCCCCCUCACAUCUGCAAAUGAAUUCAUUUUAUCAACAAAACUUGGGCUCAGGGAAAUUUGCUCAAGACUUAGGGCUGGGAAACGGCACCAUUCCAACACUAGGCCUCAGAGGCUGGAAGAGCUCAGCCAAGCGGGGCAGAACCUGGCUGUCAGCUCAGCAAGAGCCCAAGCCCACUACAGAGCUUUAUGCAGCACCCCAGCCUGAUCCCCAAAAGCUCACGGGCCUUCCUCACCCCGCCCCCCGAGAGGGGGAUGAAGAUCCAGGUCCCCGGCAUUUGCACUGCCCAUCAAGGGUCUGGGCUCACUGAAGACAAAGCAGCAGCCACAAUACCCAAGCUGGCUGAGUGGGGUAUAAACUGCUCCCUUUGGGGCUCCCCAGUCGGACACCCCAGAGAACAGGUGACAGAAUU